GAUCUCAGCGCGGGAGGAGGAAACCUCCUCGGCCGGGCAAAGCCCAGCCCCAGCCCAACCCUGCCUGCCUGCCUGCCUGGGGCCUGGUCGCGUCUUCGCCCUUCCCCCGCCUGCCCGCCUCACUCACUCGCUCGCUCGCUUUCUUUCUUUUUCCCCUCAGAAGGGACAUCCUGCGCGGCGCCGGGAGCAGCCGGGCUGGUUGGCGGAGCUCUGCGGAGUUGAAGGUGCAAGUUUCUAUUUUCAUCUUAACUAGCAGAAGCUGUAACUGAUUAAUUCAGCUGAUGGCUGUCUCAGAAGACUGAACAUGGUAUUUGAAGUUCCUCUGUUGAAAAUGUAUUCCUGAGCAGCACAUGGAAGUAGACUUCCUCCAAGAAGACUCUCUGUGAAAAAAUUCCUGGAGUUACAUGUUGGGAAGAGAUUUCUGCAUGAACAAGUCUGACCAUGCACAAUACAAUUUAAACCUUCCAGAAUGACUUAAGUGUGCUGCUGCUUAAUACUUCAUCAUUGAAAUGGCUAAAGUCGCGUGCAUUCUUUGAAUCCUUUUCUGAUGAAUGUUUUAGCCAUGAGUUUACAUCGGCAAAUGGGAUCUGAUAGAGACCUGCAAUCUUCUGCCUCCUCCGUCAGCUUGCCUUCAAUCAAAAAGGCACCAAAGAAGAGAAGAAUUUCACUGGGAUCUCUCUUUCGAAGAAAAAGGGAUACAAAACGCAAAUCCAGGGAUCUCAAUGGAGGCGUUGACGGGAUUGCAAGUAUUGAAAGUAUACACUCAGAAAUUUGUGCGGAUAAAAACUCUGUGUUCUCCACAUAUGCAUCUUCUGACAAUGGAACAACUAUUAGCAGCAAACAAAGUGGAGACUUCAUGGAGUGUCCCUUGUGCCUUUUGCGACACUCAAAGGAGAGGUUUCCAGAAAUAAUGACUUGCCAUCACAGGUCUUGUGUGGAUUGUUUACGUCAAUAUCUCCGGAUAGAAAUCUCUGAGAGCAGAGUGAAUAUCAGCUGUCCAGAGUGCUCGGAACGAUUUAAUCCCCAUGAUAUUCGUUUGAUAUUAAAUGAUGACAUCUUGAUGGAAAAAUAUGAAGAAUUUAUGCUUAGACGCUGGCUUGUUGCAGACCCUGAUUGUAGGUGGUGUCCUGCUCCUGAUUGUGGGUACGCCGUGAUUGCUUUUGGCUGUGCAAGCUGUCCUAAAAUUACAUGUGGGCGUGAUGGCUGUGGAACGGAGUUCUGCUACCACUGUAAACAGAUUUGGCAUCCAAACCAGACCUGUGAUGCUGCUCGCCAGGAGAGGGCUCAGAGUCUGCGUCUGCGAACAAUUCGUUCCUCGUCCAUUAGCUACAGUCAAGAGUCUGGAGCAGCAACUGAUGACAUAAAGCCAUGCCCGCGCUGUGCAGCUUAUAUAAUAAAGAUGAACGAUGGAAGCUGUAAUCACAUGACCUGUGCUGUCUGCGGCUGUGAAUUCUGUUGGCUGUGUAUGAAGGAGAUUUCAGACUUGCAUUAUUUAAGCCCAUCAGGCUGUACAUUCUGGGGGAAAAAACCGUGGAGUCGGAAGAAAAAAAUCCUGUGGCAGCUGGGGACGCUUGUGGGUGCACCUGUAGGAAUUGCCUUAAUAGCUGGUAUUGCUAUUCCAGCUAUGAUAAUUGGAAUCCCCGUAUAUGUGGGACGCAAGAUUCACAAUCGCUAUGAAGGCAAGGAUGUUUCAAAGCAUAAGAGGAACUUGGCCAUUGCAGGUGGUGUAACCUUGUCUGUAAUAGUUUCACCGGUUGUAGCUGCAGUAACUGUAGGUAUAGGUGUCCCUAUUAUGUUGGCCUACGUGUAUGGAGUAGUUCCUAUCUCCCUCUGUCGAAGUGGAGGCUGUGGUGUAUCUGCCGGCAAUGGAAAGGGUGUCAGAAUAGAAUUUGACGAUGAAAACGAUAUAACUGUUGGUGGAACACAUGCAGCAGCAGAUAGCACGUCAGUAGCAGAGGCCCGUCAGAACCCCAGCAUAGGGGAAGGAAGCGUGGCUGGGUUGACUGGGAGCCUGAGUGCGAGCGGCAGCCACAUGGACCGAAUAGGAGCCUUUCAUCUCGAGAUGACAACCCUUGUCAGUGAAGCCAGCCACCUUAUGGCUCUUGCUGGAGCCUAGGCAUCAUCAGGAAGCUUAUCAGGAAGUACAAUGGUCAACUGCUUCAACAGGUUGGAAGUCCAAGCAGAUGUGCAGAAGGAGAGAUGUAGUCUGAGUGGAGAAUCGGGCACUGUUAGUUUAGGAACAGUUAGUGACAAUGCUAGCACCAAAGCAAUGGCUGGAUCCAUUCUCAAUUCCUACAUGCCAUUGGACAGAGAGGGCAGCAGCAUGGAGGUGCAAGUAGACAUCGAAUCAAAGCCCAUGAAGUUCAGACACCACAGUGGAAGCAGCAGUGUUGAGGAUGGUGGGACCGCGUGCCAUGGUAAUUCUGGUUGUUCGUCAACCUGCUUGUCGGAAAGCAAAUCUAGCACCACCAAGUGGUGCAAAGAUGCAACAGCAGGGAAAAAAUGUAAAGGUAAACUAAGAAAAAAAGGUAGCAUGAAGAUAAAUGAGACCCGAGAGGACAUGGAUGCUCAGUUAUUGGAACAACGAAGCACAAACUCCAGUGAAUUUGACUCUCCUUCUCUCAGUGACAGUAUCCCUUCUGUAGCUGAUUCCCACUCCAGUCAUUUUUCUGAGUUUAGUUGCUCUGAUAUGGAGAGUAUGAAAACUUCAUGUAGCCACGGCUCCAGUGAUUACCAUACUCGCUUUACUACCGUUUGCAUUCUUCCAGAGGUCGAAAAUGACCGCUUAGAAAACUCUCCACACCAAAGUGGCAAUCCUUUGACUCCGGGUUCCGCCAUUCUAACUCAGAGGUUUCAUUGUGCUGAGUGUUACAUUGCUGAAGAAUGUGUUUAUAACGGGACUUCCAGCAAUGCAGACAUGGGUACUAGUGAAACACUGAAAGAAACAAACAACAAUCAUUCACAGCAUGCUGUGGAGUUAAACACUGCAAUUCAGACUGAGAUUUAAACCUGUUAAAUGCUGCAGAAGUUUAUGUACCACUAAUGAACCCUUGCCUGGUAGCUGGCCGGGUAAUUUUUUCAUGUGGCCAGCAGAAGCAAGACUUCAAUGCAAUGUACAUUUUAUAUGUCUCCACAAAGAUGGAGUGUUUUGUGUGGAACUUGGUUUCAGAGCUAUGUGAAGUGACAUGAAGGUUUUAACAAGUGCAUUACAAUGUGGAUCUUUUUAUGACUUCUCAAGCAACUUGCUACCGAAGAUCUGUGUUAAUGUACUUGGAGGCGAAUGAUAACUAGCUAGCAUUUAUCAAAGAAGUUACUGUUUCUUAGAAUGUUCAUGUAACACGUCUCCCAGUGGACUUUCAGGAGCACAGCUGUGAUUUAACAUCAUGCUAUAGUGAAUAGUACAUACCUGAAGGAGCUGCAGCAGCCAUGCCAAAUAAGUUUUAGUAAUAAUCAAUUUUGCCUUCUACCUGGGAAAAGAUGUAACUAUUAUUAUUUGCAUUGGAGCAAACUGUCUGUCUGAAGUGGAAUGUAAUCUGUUAAUGCUGAGACACAAUCUUUGAGCAAGGUUAUGGCAUUUAUCAUAACUUUAAAUAAAAAAAUGGUACUUGAUGUAUGGUAGGUAGCAAGGUGACGUCUCCUUAUCAGAAGAGCAGGGGGAAUGAAUUAUAUUUGCAACUGACAGCAGCAGAUAAGGCAAUGAUAUGCUGUAUAAAGUUUUGUAAGACUUAAAUCAUUUUAAUUUGUAAUCAUUGUAGAGAAGCUGAUACAGUCACCAUUUACCAGGGGACAUCAGUUAUGCUGUUUAAUUCUCGGUGCCUUUGGAGAAGACUGGGGGUCUUAAAGUGCCUGGUCUGUUGAUCAUUUCACGGUCCAGUUUUCCAGAAUGUCCUCCUCUUGGCCACCUCUUUGGAAUCUGGAGGAAAACUACAGAAAAUCAACUGACUAUGGUAGAUUAAUGGGUAUCAUAAUACUGAAAUAUUAGCCUACCAAAGACUCACUCAGGCUUUUCACAGAUAACUUUUUCUCACCUCCCUUUGCAAGUCACAUGCACAGAAAUAAAGCACAGUGCAGAGCUUGCACAAACACAGCAGAUGGGCUUAAAAAAAAUCACUGGCUUUUGCGGGUGGGGGGGCUUCUCCCUCCUCUUGCUUAUGGAAGAUGUUCAGCUGAAUGAAGCUAGCUCAGGCGCCUGCACUGUUAGAUGCCUGCUAUACAAUUCAUAAUGAAGCGUGCCCUCUCCCCUUUUCCAAGAGAAAGAGAGAGGCGGAUCUUCACAUAACAGUCUCCAAUAUUGUUUGUAGCAUUUUGUACGCUAUAGCCAUUAUGAAAGCAAUACUGAAAAGUUUUUUUGAUUUUUGUAUAGAACUUGCCAGAGCUGCAGUGCUUUUCUUUCCUUCACCAGUUCUCAAUCUAAGCUUAUAACACUAGUGCCAGAGAUGUUAUUUGAUAAUACUUGUUACAAUAUUUGUAUAUUUGCUGUUUCAUUUUGCUCAAUGACGUGUGUAAACUGCAUACCUGAAAUAAAUGUCUGAGUAAUAUUUGA